GUGAUGUCAUCAUGAACAGGUGAUGUCAGUACAUUCCUCCACUCUUGGAACAACUGCAAGGCCAUUUAACCACAACCAGUUCCAUAGGGGUAACAGCUGUUAAGCAUGGUUUCCCACACCUGCAUUUUAUCAGAAGAACAGCUCCAGUGCUCCAUAUGCCAGCAUAUGCUCACCAACCCAGUCUGCAUCCCCUGUGGACACACCUUCUGCCUGAGUUGCAUCUCUGACUACUGGGAUGGCCGUCAGCAGGAACAGUGUCCAAACUGUGAAGAGGUCUUCCCCAGCAGACCUAGGCUCAGCGUUAACGUCUUCCUGUCGAAGCUGAUUCAUCGUCUCCGAAGGUCAGGUCUGGAUAACGUGGUACAGAUCUGCGAACAGCCGGUCAGUGAGCCUCACAGCACAACCACUGGACUCAUUGCGGGGAGGACACUCUUGCUGCUUUGCAUUCUCGCCGUGACUGUAGGAUAUGCAGCAUACAUGUUCCAGGACACUGCCCCAUUCAAGCUGGCGGAACCCUCUGACCAGAGAACGGUCAUCCAGAAACAGGAAGUGGAAAAUAGCCAGAAGCUGAGGGAGUCUUUGGAGGGGAAUAUGCAGAUGGUUGUAAGACUAAUGCAGACUAUGCAGACUAAUUUGGACAGAAAACUGGAUAAUCUGUCGAAAAAAGUAUCAGUCUUACAGAAAAACAUGUUGGAAAUCAACACAACCAAACUGGGGAGGGUGUUUGAGAAGGAAACUGCACCAGAGAAAAAAAUGAGGAAUUUCCGACAAUAUGCAGUGGACGUUACCCUAGAUCCUGACACAGCCCAUCCAAGCCUUCUCAUUUCUUCUGAUGGUAAACAACUACGGCAUGGACACAUACACAGUCAACAAAACCUCUCUAAUCACCCAAAGAGGUUUGACUACUGUAUCAGUGUCCUGGGAAAGGAGGGCUUCACCUCGGGGAGGUUUUACUACGAAGUGCAGGUCAAAGGAAAGACAAACUGGGAUCUAGGAGUAGUUCGAGGAUCCAUUAACAGGAAGGGAAAGAUUGUACUCGGUCCAACAAACGGGUAUUGGACAAUAUGGCUUCGGAAUGAGGACAGUUAUGCUGCACUUGAUAUAACUACUGUCCCAAUCUCUCUGAAAAACAGGCCUGAGACAGUAGGGGUGUUUGUGGAUUAUGAGGAAGGUCUUGUGUCCUUCUAUGAUGGGGACAGUGGGGGUCUUAUCUACUCUUUCACUGGUGUCUCUUUCACUGAUGAAACUCUCUACCCAUACUUCAGCCCUGGCCUCAGCUCAGGAGGUAAAAACGCAGCCCCAAUGAUCAUCUCUAGGCAUGGAAUUUCCUCUGAAUCCUCUGAAGGGCCCAUUUCUCCAAUCAGAUCAAAACUUGAAAAUGAACUCUGAAAAAGGAUUAUGCUGAUCACAGCUGAAGGGUGGACUCAAGGCGGAUUUCAAGAAUACAGUGUAAUACAUCUUUAAAAUUGGUCAAAUAAUACACAUUUUACCUCAUAUUUGUGCUUGAUUUACUGUAUUGAACUGUUAUGGUGAUAAAGACCAUUUGUAAUUAUAUGGAUUUAUUUAUUUGUUGGGUCAGACGAGAUGGAGGGGGAUGUUUGUAUUGCACUGCUUUCUGUCUCCUUAGAUAGAAGUGCUGUUAAGUAGGUCUAACAGCAUGCUGGCUAAGAAUCUCAACCUAUGAAUAAUCGAAUCUCAAUCAGGUCAUGAUUGGUCAUCUGAAUGA